AGUGAAGCGGGUGGAAAGCAAUAUUGUACCACAAGGGUCUACACUCGGGUGCAGUAGUACCAUUGGCGCCCGAAGUCAUCCCCAGCAAACCAAGGGACUCCCCUUGAUCCCAAAAGAGGCGCCAGGGCGGAGGACAGGACUGUGGAACCGGGGUGUCAGCAACUCUCCCUCUUUGGCCGAGGAGCUGCUUGCGAGACCGGUGGCUCUGACCCAGCCUGGUUGGGUGGUCGGUGGAAUAUUAACCAGCCAAGCGGCGAGCUUGUAUAUAUUCUUCUGGGAGCCGGUUGUAUCCCCGGCUGUGGCUGCCAGUCGGUUUGAAAGGUCCCUUCUAAGGGGAGGUGGACGCCUCACGCUCAGCGGCCAGCUGGAAAGCGGUAUUGACAUCUGCACGAUUGAGGGAGGGAUGGCGAGCUCUUUUGGAGUGCUCCAAUGCGGAAAGGCGACAGCAUUUGGGAGCGUGCUCUCAAAAACCGGCACCCAAGGACGCAGGCCAGUGGCCGGGUCGACACGCGUCUUUGCUGCACAGUUCAGGAGGGCGCCACCUCCAAGGAGCGCCCUGGCAUUCACCAAGUUCACGGGGUUGAGACAAACUGCAGGAGGUAUCGGGCGCGGCCACCAGGAUCUGAAUGUGUCACUCCAACAAGCUGUGCAUAAGGCGGUGAAGACCUGCACCCCAACUGGCGGCCUCGGCACGUACAUGGAGAUGGGCCCCUCUGAUUCAACAACCACCUUCCUUUCGCUACCAAGCAUGAUCCAGGACUUCUUCAAUCAGCAGCCUCUCAUCCUCCCUGUUUGGUUCGUGCCUGCCGUUGUGUCCUUCAACCUGGCUUGGAGCAUUCCCGGAGGCAGCGUCCUUGCCAAGCUGGCCACGGCUGUUGGGGGGGCCCUUUUGAGCGCCAUCCUCAGCGUGUUGGUGAGCAAGAAGUUCAACCCGGAUCCUGUUGAGGUGCUCAAGGAGCGGCUGACUCGGCUGGAGAAGAAGCAGGAUCUGGAGAAGGAUGUGUACAGUCAGGUGUUCGAACUCAUCUACAGUGACGCGAAGGCACGCGAGGAGCUGCUUUUCUUUUCAAAAUUUAGCAAAGACGACGAGGAGUUCCGGUUAGCCUGUAAAGUCUUCGUGAGCAACAGGUCGAGUGACUAACAAAGAGUGCACAAUCACGGGAAAAAGACAGUGUCCGCUACAUAUAUCUGUUCAAUGAUGGGGUGACAUCUAAAUGUGCUACGUUUUGUGCAAGUUUACCAUAAGUUAGUGGAAGUGUACAAUGAGCACGUGUAUAGUAGAUCGUGGAUUCGAACGGUAAACAAGCUUUCAAAAUUUUAUAGAAGUAGAAUAGCAAUUGCCAUCUAUUGAUUGCAUCCUAAUCAAGAGUGCCAUCUUGACAUGGCAAGUUUGUGCGUUUCUGUGUGAAGACCGUCGAGGACGACAACAAGACAAAAUAAUCAUUAGAAAUAUCCGAUGCCAUUCGAGUAAUGUAUACUUUGUCUUCCGCGGGUUUUUGAGAUGCAUUAACUAUGAUAGAAUUACUAUUAGACUGAAGUUGCGGACAGAAGUCGGCAAUUGCUUGUCAUUAGGAGAUAUGAGCUUCACCCACGCAAAUUGCUGCACAGGAACAACCACAAGAAGGGAGG